AACCGAACAUAUUGUAGAGGGUGAACCGUAGAGUAACGCUUGUGGUGGGGGUUGUUAAUAUUCAAAGCCCUGGCGUCUCUCACACGAGCUCUGCUCUCGAACCUCCUCCUUUCCUGUCAAAACACGUGACUUCAACUUCCACUACAUCCUUCAAGUUAAGAUUCUCGGCUUUCCUCCAUUUUUUCUGUCACCAAAACCCCUAAUUUCUCCAUUCACUGAAUUUUCCACUUGUUUUUUUGGUCUUCAUCCGUUUUUCUGUUUCACGAAAUUCAAUUCGCAAUACAGACAAUUGGAAUCGGCGAGGACGAUAUCGAUUCGAGGCCAUGUUGCGCCAGAGAUCCAGAAAAGGCCCGUUGCCUCCGGCUCAGGAGCAUAUUGAUAAAUUAGAGAAAACUGUGAAUGAUGGUGAUUACUAUGGAGCUCAACAGAUGUACAAGUCAAUUAGUGCAAGAUAUGCAUCUGCUGAAAGGUGCUAUGAGGCCUUGGAUAUCCUUGAGUCAGGUGCUUGCAUCCAGUUGGAAAAAGGACAGGUCACUUGUGGGGCAGAGCUUGCUAUAUUAUUUGUAGAGACACUAGUUAAAGGGAAAUUUCCAUAUGAUGACAACACUCUUGAUCGUGUCAGGAAAAUCUACAAAAAUUUUCCUCAAAUUUCUGUGCCGCAACAAUUGGAGGAUGAUGAUGACAUGCAAAAACUUUCUGAAGCCCUUGGAGCUGCAAAAACACGUGUAGAAGUCUGUUCAUCAUUCUUGAAAGCUGCUAUGAAGUGGUCUGCAGAAUUUGGAUUUCAUAGGCAGGGCUCUCCUGAAAUUCAUGAUAUGCUAGCAGAAUAUUUAUAUUCUGAAUCCCCUGAGUUGGAUAUGAGUAGGAUAUCGUUACAUUUUGUUCGAGGAAACAACCCAGAGAAGUUUGCUUCUACUCUAGUAAAUUUUAUGGGCAAGUGCUAUCCAGGUGAAGAUGAUUUGGCCAUUGCACGAGCUGUCUUAAUGUAUUUAUCUCUAGGUAAUCUGAGAGAUGCCAACUAUCUCAUGGAUGAGGUAAAGAAGCAAGUGGAAUCUAAAGAGCUUGACUAUCCGGAAUCUGAUCUGACCGAGUUCAUUGAUUAUCUUUUGUUAACGCUGCAGAGAGAUGCAUUGCCUCUUUUUAAUAUGCUAAGACAGUCUUACAAGUCAAGCAUAGAUAGAGAACCUGCAUUUAAUGAGUUACUAGAUGAAAUUGCGGAAAAAUUUUAUGGAGUUCGGCGUAGAAAUCCUAUGCAAGGAAUGUUUGGGGAUUUCUUUAAGUUGAUGGCUUAAUAGCAUGUUGCGAGUCUCAGUUGGAUCUCUUUCCACCUUGAUGGAACCAACACUGUUCGAGUGUAAUUUUAUAUUUUUGACAUUGUAGAAGAAUUUUGUCAAAGGUGGCGGUGCUGACAAUUCUAUUAUCACUUUUUGUAAGUGACAGGGAGGGGGCAAGGCUCUCCCUCCACUUUGAAUGAAACUGUAACUCUAGUUACAAUACACAUUCUUUGACAUGGGGUUGUACCACUGAUUGAUCUUCUGGUACUUAUGAAAAAAAACUACUGGUUGAUCUUCUGGUAAUUAAAACUUGGGUUCUUUUA